AUGACGGCUACAAACAUCCUUAUCUAUUUGCUCCGGCACGACCUUCGCAUUGCGGACAAUCCCAUCCUCCACCAUCUCGCAACCUCUUCUGAUCAUGGUUUCACCCAUGUUCUUCCUGUGUAUAUUUUCCCAGCGCACCAGAUCGAAAUCUCAGGAUUUCUACGCGACGGGAGCAAGUCAAAGUACCCAGAGGCACGCAGCGAGAUUGGCAAAUUUUGGAGAUGCGGCCCUCACCGCACGAAGUUCAUCGCCCAAUCCGUAUGGAACCUGAAGGAGUCCCUCGAAGGGGUUGGCAGCGGUCUGUGUUUGAGGGCAGGCAUGUUUGGUGACAUCGUCGACGAGCUUCUCCGAGGCUUUUCCGACAGCAAGCACAAAGUUGGCGCCGUGUGGAUGACGGCUGAGGAAGCCGUCGAAGAGAAGAAAGACGAGAUGGCCGUAGCAGCGGCUUGCUCUAAGCAUGGCGUCAACUUCAAAACAUGGUUGGAUGAGAAGUAUUUCAUUGACGAUCGCGACCUAGGUUUGAAGAACCCAGAAGAUCUUGACAACGUGUUCACCGCCUUCCGCAAGACCCAAGAACCUCUCCGAGAGAAGCCCAAGCCUACCUUGCCGCAACCCAAAAAGAGCGCAAUCAAGCCCUACCCCAAAGACCUCCUCCCUACUCAGAGCUCCCCUUACGAAGUGCCAUCGGAUGACUACAGCAAGUUGGAAUCAGCACUAUUGAAACCUCUGACGAGCCCCUUCACCGACGAUCUCAAGAUUCCCGAGAAAGCAAAGUCUGUUCAUCCAUUUCACGGCGGUGAGAGUGAGGCACGCAGCCGUCUUCAUCAUCUCAUCAAGUCAGGGGCAAUGACCGAGUACAAGAACACGCGCAAUGGCCUCCUUGGCGUCGACUUCAGCACCAAGCUUUCAGCCUUCUUGUCUCUCGGCUGUCUCACUUCUCGGCAGAUUCACGAGGCUCUGGUCCAAUUCGAGGACGGCACCAACGAGGAUUUCAAGGAAACAUCAGGAUACGGAAAGGGAGAGAACGACGGAACCAAGGCGGUCCGAUUCGAGCUUCUGUGGCGUGACUACAUGCGGUUGUGCACGAGGAAAUUCCAGGAGAAGCUGUUUCGCGUUACUGGCUUUAAGGAGGACGAUACCCCCAAGUGGAAGACGGCCAACGCUGAGCAUGUCAUCACCGAGGAUAACCUAGGCGCAUCCGUCGACGACAUCAAGAAGACACUGCAGAGGUUUCUCGAGGGCACCACCGGCAUGGGUCUGAUUGACGCUUCACAGCGCGAGUUGAUCCAUACUGGCUACACAUCUAACAGAGCUCGACAAAAUGUGGCGUCUUACCUUACCAAGCACUUGGGGAUCGAUUGGCGAUACGGUGCCGAGUGGUACGAAUACCUUCUCGUUGACUACGACGUGAGCUCCAACUGGUCAAACUGGCAGUACGUCGCCGGAGUGGGUAACGACCCUCGAGGUGACAAUCGCAUUUUCAACCCCAUUAAGCAAGCGUUUGACUAUGACAAGGAGGGUGAAUACGUGAAGGCUUGGGUCGUGGAGACUCGAGGCCUUGAGAAGCUGGAGAACGUCUUCCAGAUAUCCACAACGUCUCACGAGGACCUCGAGCGUCUGGGGUUGAGCGACAAUCAGAUGGUUACAGACCCGGUAAAGAAGAUCGACUUCUCAGUUGAGGGUAAGCCAAAGAAUGGCCGCCGCCAGUACGCCAACCGCAGAAGAGGGCGUGGAAACCAAAACGGCGGUCAUGGCGGAGGAGGACCUCGCGGUCCACCCAGUGGAGGCAGUACCAAUGGCGGAUACGCACCAUCUCCGGGUUCAGCAGGUCAAAAUGGCGGUAGCCAGGCAGCGUCACGAUCGCCCCCAGAUGGCCCUCAAGGAUAUAGGCCGAACGGCAACUAUCGCGGCAACUACCGUGGCAAUGGGAGCAGUCGAGGACGAGGUGGUGGCAAUGGCUACCGAGGUGGCCGCGGGGGCUACGGUUCCCGCGGAGGCUUCAACAGCCCGUACUAUAUGCAGCAGGGCCCAACCAGACCUCAGUUUGCCCUCAAUCCUACAGCACCUAUUUAG